AUGGCGAUAAAGAACAAAAAAAUAGAAAAUGCCAAGAUCAUAAAACAUAAGCCUCCGUCGGCAUUUAAGUAUUCCAAUACAAACAAGAUCUUCAAACUUAAGGCAUCUUCCCCGUUCAUGUCAAGCGUUAAACAGAUUCAGAAAAAGCUUUCGCAAAUCGAAAAACUGAUUGUUCUUGCCAAUGCCCGGAAUAAAGGGGCAAACAUCGUCAAAGAAAAGUACCUCACUGUCGUGGGGUUGCAAAAAGUGAUACCUAAACUCCUUCAGGUGGCCUGCUAUUUCCAAGAGCGUCAUCAUCGGGUGGAAAUCCUUACAAAGACCGUGAACACAAUAGACGAGUUUCAAAUAAGGAAUUCCCUGCAGCCAUCCCAAGGAGCGGUCGAUAGAAAUUGUGACACUGGAGAAAUCGUGGAAGCCACAAGUAGUUGUUUGAUCAACGAUAGCGGUAGCGAAGAAGAAGAGGAGGAGGAAGUAGAAGAGAGUCUCAUACGGAAACGUUCCAUUGCCGGCUUGGAAUUGAAGAUCCAUAUUUCUAGCGUUUGA